AUGGAGAUUCCAGAAAUAAAGAUGGAUCAGCUGCAUGGCAAGAAGAGGUCAGAGACACUUUCACUCCUCCAUAAUGCCUGUGCGCAAUGGGGUUUCUUUUGGCUUGAGAAUCAUGGAGUCAAUGAGGACCUCAUGAAUAAAAUGAAGGAUCUGGUGAACAAACACUAUGAACAGGACAAGGAGAAGAACUUCUACAGUUCAGAGAAAGCAAAAAUCCUAGAUUAUGAGAAAGCUUCAUCAAAUGUUGACUGGGAGUGCAGUUUCAUGUACCGUCAUCAGCCAAAAUCAAACAGUCAUGAUAUUCCUGAGCUGCUUCGUGCAACAGUGUUUGAAUAUGCAGAAGAAGUAAUCAAAUUGGCUCAACAGCUUGCAGCAGUUAUGAGUGAAAAUCUUGGGCUGGGCAAGGAUUAUAUCGAGAAGGCAUUUUCUAAACCUUCUGUAGGCAUCAAGGUGGCAAAGUAUCCCAGGUGCAGUCAUCCAGAGCUUGUGAUGGGCCUCAGGGAACACACUGAUGCUGGGGGGAUCAUACUUCUAUUUCAAGAUGAGUUAGUCCCAGGUUUGGAGUUUCUAAAAGAUGGUAAGUGGAUCAUAAUACCUCCAACAGAAGGCAAUAGAAUUUUUGUAAACCUUGGAGAUCAGAUUGAAGUGAUGACCAAUGGAAUCUACAAGAGCAUAUGCCAUCGGGUCCUUCCAAAUAAGAAUGGGAGCCGCCUGUCUAUUGCAACAUUCUAUAACCCUGGUGCCGAUGCCAUAAUCUACCCAGCUCCAAAGCUUACAUAUCCUAGCCAAUAUCGUUUCCAAGACUACCUUAAUUUCUAUUCUACUACCAAGUUUAGUGAUAAGGUAUCAAGGUUCCAGACUACAAAGGCAAUAUUGAAGUGA